AUUUUGUAACCUUUCGAAAGUAUUGAAUAAACUGUAACUAAAAAAAAAAUCAAUGAUGAUCAGAUUUAGACAUGAUAUGGCGUGAACUUUCUAUUUAUUUCGUUUGGUGCUUAUAUCUUAAUUUUCCUAAUUCGAUCAUUAUAUUUUUAUCGAUUAAUAUAAUAUGAAAGAAUUAUAACAAAAACGUUAAGUGAAAACACCUCUGCAUUUUGACCCUCGCUAUCCUCCGUAAAUUACAUAUAUAUAUAUAUAUAUAUAUAUAUUGCAUGAUUAUGCAAUGACAGUACGCAGAAGUGACAUGUGCUAAGAAGGUAUCACUUCGGUUAAACUAAUAGUACAGAUGAACCAGGAAGUGACUGAAGAAUAUAAAAGUGAAAGGAUUUUGUCUAUUCAUUUCAACUGGCCACCUGUGAUAGUGAUUAAAUUGACUAGGAACAUUGUAUGUGAUGAAUACCCAAUACCAAACAAUCUUAAUCUAAAUACUUAAAAUGCAUUAAACUUUGAAUUCGUUUCUCUGACUCCAUGUGCGUUGGAUCUAUAUAUCUGCUGUUUUAUCAAUGGUUGGCUACAACCCUAAUCAAGACCAUCGCCUGACGUAUUUCGAUUAUGCUUUUGCUGGUGCCCUUUCAGGAGCUGUCUCAAGACUCCUUCUGCAACCCUUGGAUGUUGUCAAAAUCCGAUUACAGCUUCAAAUUGAACCUGUAUCGAAGUACUCCAUUGGCUCUAAAUACCAUGGUUUCAUGCAUACCAUUGUCACAAUGUCAAAAGAGGAAGGUGUGAAGGCAUUAUGGAAGGGCCACUUACCUGCUCAGUUUCUGACUGUCUUUUAUGGGAUGGUGCAAUUUUCUUCAUAUGAAUUCUUUUCUAAAUUAACCUAUCAUUGCGUCCCAAGUGAGUUCUUUUCUAAGAACAAGCCAUUGAUCAGUUUGGUUUGUGGUUCAAUGUCAGGGGCUGUGUCCACCGUAGUUGUCCAACCCAUCGAUCUAUUGAGGACAAGGUUUGUGGCACAAGGUGAACCAAAGGUAUAUAAAUCAAUCUUCUCAGCAGCGGCCAGAAUUGUUCAACAAGAAGGCAUCUUAGGCUUUUGGUGUGGCAUUGGUCCUUCACUUGUCCUUGUCACACCUCAGACAGGUCUCACCUUUGGAUUCCAUACAAUUUUUACAUCAAUUUUAAGGAAUGAUAUGAAAAAUCAUUCUACAUUUAGUAUUGAAAAUCAAAUUAAAACUUUCAUAAGUGGACUCAGCAGUGGGAUGUCUGCCAAACUAAUUGUCUAUCCUUUUGAUGUUGUGAAGAAACGUCUGCAAGUACAGGACUUUAAGGAGGCUCGGUCGAAAUUUGGUAAAGUACGUUCCUAUAAUGGCAUGGUCAGCUGUCUCCAGGGGAUUUUCCUUGAAGAAGGAAUCCGGGGUUUGUACAAAGGAUUAUUCCCAACUAUGUUGAAGGCAGGGUCUGUGAGUGGUGUUACAUUUAUGAUCUAUGAAAUGACUUGUGGUUUCCUCUCAAAAUGGAGGUGACGAUAGUAAUGGUUAGAAAUUCAAUAUAUAUUAUAUAUGAUAAAUAUGUUUGUAUGCAGGUGUGGCUGUGUGGUAAGAAGUUUGCUUCCCAACUACUUGGUUUCAGGUUCAGUUCCACUGUAUGGUACUUUGGGCAAGUCU